CUGGAAGAAGAAAUAGCCAGACUUGAAAGGAAAAAUGAGACCCUGGUGCACGGUAUAAGAGAACUUCAAAAAAAGCUUACAAGGAAAUCGCAAAAGGCAACCAAGUGUGAACAAGGCCAUCUAAAGGGAGCACUAGAAGAGUCAAAGGUUAAGUUACAACAGCUGGAAGCUUCCUGUGCUGACCAAGAGAAGGAACUGGCCAAGAUAAUGGAAGACUAUGCACAUGUGGCCCAGCUCUGCAAAGAUCAGGUCUUCUGCAUUAAGAAGUACCAGGAAACUUGGAGGAAAAUAGAAGAAGAAGCAGAGACUCGGCUCCUUGAGAGAGAAGUAUCAAAAGUCUUGAGCAUGAACUCUGCAAAAAAAUACAACAGCCAAAAUAAUAAGGACAAUUCUCUCCAAAAGAAGGGAAUAUGGCUCUGUAAAAGGAUUUUUCAGUUUCUCUUUUUCAUCACCCUAUUUUUCAUCACACUGCUGGGCUACUUGUUUUUCCACAUAAGCUUCAUAAAUCCAGAUCUCCUAAUCGACAUACUACCCAAGAUACUGAACAGGAGCACCUUGUGGAGGCUAAGAAGCUUCCUCUCUGCAUCUCUCACACUUCGGACUGAGGACUUGUUGCCCCACUAAUCCCCAAAAAACAUCCUUGGAAAAAGAAGGCAAGUGGUACCUGACUGUGUACACUAGGAGAUGGUGGAACUUGUAGAGGGAAGAUGUUUUCUUCAGUUUUUCCCUUGAGGUUUGCCUACGGAUUACCUUUCCUCCCAUGUUGCCUUUCCAAGAUCGACCUUGCCCAGUAAACAGCUCUGUCAAUAGAUUUCAGUGGCUAUAGGAUAAGCUAAAUAGUAUGAAAUAGUAAACAAAGUAGACCAUUUUCAGAAUAAUGUCACCGAUGCUAAACAAAGUUAGAGUCCAUCAAUACUUCUAGUUAAUCUUAAAA